AACAAGUCCAGAAGAAGAAGAAUUCACCGAUGUAUUAGUGUACUAAGCGACGUCUGGUUUGUUUUGAUCCCUAUUACGUCAAUUUUCUUCAGUUCUCGCCAGUCUCUGUCUCUCUCGUUUAUUACUUUAUUAUUGAAUAUCAACGUUUACAUAGAAGAAAAUGUCAGAAGACCAGGUAAAAGGUGUAGAGGAGAAGUUGUCCAAGGUUGAUCUUACAGAUACUUCAGAAAAUAAAAGAUUACGACACCCUUCUCCAGGAAGUGAUGCCAGUGCCGAUUCUUUCCAUUCAGUUGAUGCUGAAGAAACAGAUCCUGAUGACAGCCCACAGCAUGUGGUGGGUAAUGACAGAUUGUGUGAAGGGUUGAAUUUUAAUGGUCAGGUUAUAGAACCAGAUGGCCAGGAAGGACAUGUCACAGACAGUACCCCAUCAGAUGAGGCAAAUUUUAUCCGUGGUGUCAAGCCAGAAGAUAUUGGCAAUUCGCCUGACGAGGAUGAUGAGGAGGAAGAAUUCCUGAAUGAGGAGUAUCUCAAAGAUUUAGAGUUAUCCAUGAGUGAAGAGGAGAAAAAUGAAAAGAGAAAUGAAAGUUUGAAACACAAGGAAACUGGGAACAGUCACUUCAAAGCAGGUGUUUUUACUGAGGCAGUAACGGCAUACACAGCAGGGCUCAGAAUAUGCCCCAUUUCAUUUCCCAAAGAUCGAGCAAUUCUCUUUGCUAAUAGAGCUGCUGCCAAAGCAAAGAUAGAUCUUAAAAAGGAAGCUAUAAAGGACUGCAGCAAAGCAAUAGAUCUCGAUGAAACGUAUUUGAAAGCUAUUCUUCGGCGAGCAACUCUUAAUGAAGAAACUGAACAGUUAGACGAUGCACUUCAAGACUUUAAACGAGUUUUAGAGCUUGAUUCCUAUAACCAAGAAGCACUUCAGGCUGUUAGGCGUCUUCCAGACAUGAUUAAUGAAAGAAAUGAAAAGUUGAAGGAAGAAAUGAUGGGUAAGUUGAAGGAUCUAGGCAACAUGAUUUUACGACCUUUCGGGUUAUCUACAAAUAAUUUUGAACUAAAACAGGACCCUAGUUCCGGGGGUUAUAACAUUAGCUUCAAACAAAAUAGCGGCACCUAGUACAAAUAUUUUUCUGAAGCAUUCUUGUGAUACUAUAACUAUUUACCAAUUUUAUUUUAUAUACAAGUCAUGCAUAUUUCCCUUUUAGGAAUGUGAAAUAGUGACAAAUUUCCUUUUGCUUCAGCUCUUAAAACUUAUUCUCUGCUUAUGUUGUACAUACUGGAAUUUUGUAUGCUAACUUUUCCUUCCAGUAGUCUUAAUUUUAUAUUUAAUUAAAACUUUUGUGUCCAUAUUUUGGGAAGCUGAAUGUAAAUAGUUUUAUGAAAUAUUUGCACUGGAAUCAUUGUGAUCGUGUAAUUGAAUAAGUGUCUUCUCUAUGACUAAGCUUUGCAAAAAUGCUUGAAAUGUUUUACAUGAUGUCUGUGAAUUAUUGCAAGGAUUACAUAUACGUACGUAUAUGGAAAUUUAUUGCUGUUCAUGAAAUUGAGCAAAUUCUCCUGCUGUUCAUAAAUCAAGCAACAUAAUGUACAGUUUCAUUUGCCAAGCAUCAGUAGUCACUGGAGUAUUUGAAUUUAUCUGGAAAUUAAAACAUUAAAUACAA